AUGCCUACCACCGCCAUUGCUUUCACGGUGAUUUCCAACUCCGGCACCUAUAUGGCCUAUGGCCUCUCCCGCUCUGGGAGCGACACCUACACUGUUUACAUCCGUCACACUGACUGCCCCCACACCAAGACUGCUGCCAAUGGCGGCAAGAGAGGUGAGGACCCUGGGCGGAUGAAGGACAUUGUUGAGAAUGUUAGGAUGACCGGUGUCAAUUGGAUGAGAGACCAUUCCGACGGCGAUCCAACGUUGGAUAAAACCUGUCCAACCUACCGGGGAUCAAGCGGCGAUCCGAUGUCGGGAGGAAAAGUGACGGACAGGUUGGCCUGA